AGAGAGAGAGAGAGUCCCCGCCCUCAGGCGAAGCUUGAACCUCCCGCCCCAGUGCGAGAAAUUAAGAGCGAAACUUUUUCUGCUCCCUGCCCUCUUUAUAAUUGGUCUUUGCCUGCAAGUGGCUGUACAAUCCUCAGCAGUGUUCUGAGACUGUAUGGUCGCCUCUCGUUUCCGGGUUGUUUCAUGAUCUGAACUAUUUGAUCCAACUAAGCAUCUAAAAAAGAAACCCUCAUGAAGAGAUAAGAGGGAGAGAGACUGACAGAGUAACGAGAGAGAGAAAAAACACAGAACUUGGUGUGCACGGCAGAGGAAGUGAAAACAAAUCAAGGAGAAAAGAAAAACAAAUUAUGAUUCUUUCCAUCCAUAUUGCAUUGUAAAUUACAAUAUCGAUUGUCAACAGCACUUCUCGGUCGGUUCUUUGCUUCUGUAAACUUAAUCGUCCAAACCAUGACAACAGAGAAGGAGAAGAAAAGAAGUAACUCAGAGAGAAGGAAGGAAAAAUCGAGGGACGCAGCAAGAUGCAGAAGGAGCAAAGAAACGGAAGUAUUUUAUGAGCUGGCGCAUCAACUGCCGCUACCUCACAGUGUCAGUACCCACCUGGACAAAGCAUCUAUCAUGCGCCUGACAAUUAGCUUCUUACGAACCCGCAAACUCUUGAGCUCAGGAGGGCCCGAGACUGAAACUGAAACUGAAAAGCAAAUGGAUGCUUUGUAUCUUAAAGCUUUGGAAGGAUUUAUCAUGAUGGCCACGCAGGAUGGAGAUAUCAUUUUCCUAUCAGAAAAUAUUAGCAAGUACAUGGGUCUUACACAGGUGGAGUUGACUGGACACAGCAUUUUUGAUUUCACCCAUCCUUGUGACCAUGAGGAGAUCAGAGAAAAUUUGACUAUAAAGAAUGGUUUUGGAAAGAAACACAGAGAUAUGAAUACAGAACGUGACUUCUUCAUGAGAAUGAAAUGUACUGUGACAAACCGCGGAAGAACUGUCAACCUCAAGUCUGCCACCUGGAAGGUGUUGCACUGCACUGGCCACAUCAAAAUAUACAAUGCCUGCCAAGCUCACACACUGUGUGGGUAUAAGGAGCCACCCCUGACUUGCUUGAUCAUGAUGUGUGAGCCGAUUCAACAUCCAUCUAAUAUUGACAUCCCAUUGGACAGCAAGACAUUCCUGAGCCGCCACAGCAUGGAUAUGAAAUUUACUUACUGUGACGAGAGAAUUGCAGCACUGAUGGGAUAUUGUCCAGAAGAACUGCUUGGCCGUUCAGUUUAUGAGUUUUACCAUGCAUUGGAUUCAGAUCACAUGAUUAAAAGUCACCAAAACCUGUGCACUAAAGGUCAGUCAGUUACUGGGCAGUACCGGAUGCUUGCAAAACAUGGUGGAUACGUGUGGGUUGAGACCCAAGGGACAGUUAUUUACAACAGCCGUAACUCUCAACCACAGUGCAUUGUAUGCGUCAACUAUGUACUGAGUGAGAUUGAGGAGAAGAAUGUUGUAUUCUCCAUGGACCAGACAGAGUCUCUGUUCAAGCCUUGCCAAGCCAUGAAAAAUAUGAAUGGCAAGCAUAUCUGCGGAGGUCCAAUGCCAGAUGAUGGUAAUCUGCUCUUCAGUAAACUGAAGGAAGAACCUGAAGAACUAGCACAACUUGCUCCUACACCUGGAGAUUCCAUUAUUCUACUUGAUUUCAGUGUCAAUGGUAACCAGCAGUUUGAGGAAGCUCCUCUUUAUAACAAGGCUAUUAUUCCACAAAACAAGCUGUGGCCAAUGGAAGCAACAAAACCAAAUAUGAAAGGUCCAGCUGAGCUCAGCAAGCAGUCAUCAAUGGAUCGGCGCCAGUUUACAGUGCCACAGGUCCCAUCAGGCAAUUCCACUCCACGCACAUGCAGCAGCACCUCUUGCUCUUCACCAAGUAGCCCUGGAGACUACUACAGUUCCUUGGACAAUGAUCUCAAGAUUGAACUGAUUGAGAAACUUUUUGCUCUGGACACUGAAGCAAAAAAACAAUGUAGCACUCAGGCAGAAUUGAGUGAUCUGGACCUUGAAACUCUGGCUCCCUACAUUCCCAUGGAUGGGGAAGACUUCCAGUUAAGCCCAAUCUGCCAUGAUGAGCAGCCCCCUUCCGAGAACACACCAAGAAUGCAUGAUUAUUCCAACAACAUAAGCAACAUGUUCCAGUCAUUUGCUCCAAAUUUCACCACCUCACAUCGGCAGAUGAUGCUCGACAAGUAUAGUCCUGAAAUGGCGUCUGUAAAGAACAACAGCCACCAUCACCCACUGUCAUACAACACUGGAAACAGGGUUUCUCUGGCAGCGUACCAUGCACCUGGAUGUACUCCUGCAUCUUUGAUGGGCGGCAGACCGAAUGUCCAAUGGCCGCCUGAUCCACCUUUCGACUGUACACUCCGAAAGUGGAGAUUGAUGGAUCAGAGGACAGGAUCAUUGCCUGGGAUCCCUCCUGGCCAGCCAGGGCAUACAUCACUGUAUAAACAAAGAUCUCUGGACAACUUUGGACAACAUGGGAAAGACAUUACCAACGAAAUGAUAUUCAGAACCAACCUAAAACGCAAACGGCAGCUGGACUUUGGAGAGCAGAUAUUCCAACCAUCAGCAGACUCUCUGUGUGAAGAUUCACCAAGGAGUCACACUUCACAGAUGCUAUGGAAGAGAAUGAAGAGCAUUAAAUCUGAAAAUAAUUCCCCAUUAAUACAGAAAAAGUCCUGGAGUUCAGGGUCACUUACAGGAGUGGCAAGCCGUCUUUUGGGUUCAACGUUCCUUGCUUAUUCCUUGCCAGAGUUAACAAGAUAUGACUGUGAAGUCAACGCACCUGUAGUAGGGAACUCAACACUUCUGCACGGACGUGAAUUGCUUAGAGCGCUCGACCAAGCAACUUAAAUGGUUCUGCAUUAAACCACUAGCCUGAACUGUGAUAACUGCUUCAGUUUCUAAAGAUAUAUUUUGCAAGUAGUCUAUUAUCGACAUGUAGUUUAAAGAAUCACUUAUUUGUUCAACAUGUCCACAUCUUUGCCUAAUAACUUUUCGUAAAUUAAACUGUAUUCUGUUAUUCUCGUCAUUAUAGCUUCACAUCAAUCGAGUCUAAUGUUUCUCAAUUUUCAACUAAAACAUCAUUCAUUUUGAGAACAAGUUCUCAGUUCUUUUUUUCCAGUAGCAUUAUGUUGUUCUUUUCUAAUUCUCUACUUGCUCUCUUUCAAUUAAAAAGCAGCUAUUUUCUUGUGUUGAAAGAAAUGCACUUAAUUUUUUUAAGACAAUUAAAAUGUUCCAUUAUUUUUUUCCUACGAAUGCUCAGUGAAUUAAAAUACUAAUGGCUAAAAAUUUAUAUUAGAAAGCAGAUUUGUUGUAUGUGGACAUUUUGUUCAGUUGCACAUUGUAGCUUCAAUAAACUUUGUUUUUUUUGGUUGUUCAUUUACUAAAUAUUAAGCUUUUAAAGAUUUAUAGAUUUUUGAUGUUAAUCUUAUACUGGUACUUCAAGUAGCAGAAAGAGAAUGGAUUUCUACUUGUAUUCAUAUAAUCAAGUUAAAGCGUCAUUUUAUUACUUAGUGCUGGUUUUGCAUACAAUUGGUAUUCUGGUCAGUGGUAACCUAGGGGCAUCUUGAAAAAGGCAAGCUGCCAAUAAUUUAGUAUUAAUGUUUUAUUAAAAAAAACCUGGAAUAUUUUACAUAUCCAAUGCACAGUAAGAGAAUACAUCAAAACACAUGUAAAAGAUUUAAAGUAUAUUUAGUUGUAUUUUUUUCUUUGGUCAGGUAUAACAGUUCUUUUAUUCUGUCGACCUGUUGUGCAUCUUUGUGGGACCUGCUGAACUAAAGUCAAACCUUUAUGCAGUAUGUGAGAUAAGUAAGGCCUUUGCAAGGAGAUGUUUUGAAUUUUACUGUAUUAAAAAAUGGCAAAAUAUUUCCAAAAAGUCUCAAAUUUGAGGUUUAAAAUGGUCAAUUUUCAUUGUCAUUGGAAAACAAUGGAGCCUCAUAUUUCAAUUUUUCUGAUUCAUUCAUUGAGCUCACAUUUCCCUUUAUAAGGGCAUUCUACAGAGGGUAACAUUAUAUCUUGAUACUUCAUCCCCACUGUAUUUUCAACAGGGCCACACUUAUAACAGACUGAAAAGGUUUGACCUCAAUACAUAUACUUCUCAAUGAUAAAGCUAUUUUUCCAUUGCUGGGAACCCUUCAAAUGCCAGAAGUUUUGAACACUGAUUUUUUUUUUAACCUGAAUGAAACAUUUAAAGGAAUUAAAUACCAAGAGUUACUUCUUAAAAGCAAAGGAAAGUAUCAUGGCACAAUGAAUUUGAAGUUGAAGAACCAUUUUUUUUUAAUGGCUAAAAAAUGUCAAUGCAUUUGGAGGGUUUGGGUUGCAGCAAACUUUUCAGGUUUUUAAGCUUGAUGCAGUCUCAAAUUAAAUAGACAAUGCAAGCAUGUUGCUAAAAUAUUAUGCCAGUGUUUCAGUUCUAAUAUUAACAGCCAUAGUUUUUAUUACAAAUAUUUAAUAUCUGUACGGCUUGGCUUUUAAUACCUUAUUCUGUAUGGGAAAUUUUAAUCUAAUGAGGUAAUGUAUUUUUGACACCAGUAGCUUAUUAAAACAUAAAAUCUUUAAUGUCACAA